AUGGAUGCUCUAAUGAGGGUACACAGAGACGGACCCAGCCUGCUCACUGUUAAGCCGAAGAACUUAGUCCGACAGUGGAUGACUCCUCUUCCUGGCCUGGACCUUCGUCCACACAUGCCCUCCACUUUUGUUCGAUCGGAUAGUUUCAUGAAGGACGUUAAAAAUGCCAUGCUGAAAGGAGACACAGAUGCGCUUCUGGAUCUCUACGUCACUCAUUACAUGACCAAGAAUCGAUUGAACGAUAGACAUGACGCCCAAAAGAUAUGA